GCCAGCCAAACGGACCUCUCUCCACUCCAAACACAGCUCCCUCCCCCCUCCCUCUCCCUCAUCUCCUCUCCAACUCCCCCGUCGUUCUCUUCUCUACUCGAUCCGAUAAACAACACACAUCCAACUUCACCGGAGCAACACACACAGCCUUUCAUCAUGUCGCGAGCAGCCCGAGUCGAGGAGGUGUACGACUCCGACCCCGAGGAAGUUGCGCCCUCCGCCAGCUUCGCCAACGAUGCCAUUAUUUCUCCUGCUGGCAUCCCCACCACGUCCUCUAUGCCCACGAGGCCUCCCCCGGAGCCCACGCGCGAGAUCCCUAAACACUACCAAUGCUUGUACCCCAUAUACUUCGACAAGUCUCGGUCCCGCGCCGAGGGCCGCAAGGUCGGCGCUGAACUGGCCGUCGAGAACCCAUUGGCUCGAGACAUCGUCGAUGCAGUGCAGAUGAUGGGGUUGACCGUGGGCUUCGAGCCGGAGAAGUUGCAUCCCAAGGACUGGGCCAACCCUGGUCGCGUGCGCGUGAUGCUGAAAGACGAGAGUGGCCAGUUGGUCAACCCGCAAAUCAAGAACAAACACCAUCUAUACAUCCUUGUGGCGCAGUACCUCAAAUCUCACCCAACUACCGAAGAAUCGCCCUACCGGCUGAGAAUCAGAGGACUUCCGGUGCCUGAGAAACUCCCCGGUGCUCCCCCCGCUCCCCGGGGCUGGAAGAUCGGAAAGAUUCUCCCCAUCCACUCCCCCGCCUACAGCGGUGGCGGUGUCAGCGAUAACCCGCUCAAGGACGCCAUGGCUGAGAUGCAAAACAUGCAGGGCAUGCCCGGUAUGCCUGAGAUACCCGGAAUGGCGGAUCUGGCAAACAUGAUGGGCGGGACCAUGAACACCAGCUCACCUCCCAGCAACCCCUCCAACCCAGGGCAAGCCAACCCCAGCUCCAAAUCUCCGCGACGCUAUAGCAACUAUGACGCCACCCCUGCCUCUGCUUCCUCUUCCUCCUCCGCGGCGCCCCGGGUCGGGAAACCGGGAGGUCGUCAGAUCACGCGGAACCGCGCCAGCUACAGCUGCCAUACCUGUCGGAGACGGAAGGUGAAAUGCGACAAGGUCCAUCCAAUCUGCGGGAACUGCCAAAAGAACGAAACCGAAUGUGUCUACGAUGUCUCCGCGCAGAAAGACGCGGAGGCGCGCAAUGCGCCGCCAGCCAAGGACGGCCAGGGUGUCAAGCGACGGAGGGAGUCAUCGCAGCAGCUGGACGACGACAUGGAUGAGCUUCAAUCCAUCUACGGCCAUUUGAAGCGGUCCGGCUCGGCGGAGCAGCAGAGGCUCGGGUCACAAGGGAUCGAGGCGCGGUUGGAUAAGCUCACGUCCAUGAUUGAGCGGCUCAGUAAAACCAACAGUCAGGCAUUGGAUCCGGCGGAGAAGCGGUUGCUGCUGCAAAGUGCGGGCUCGGAUUCGUCUAAGAGAGCACCUCACCGUGCCUCCGAUGCAGCGCGCUCGGACAGCCCGCGUCGCGUGGCGGAUUCGAGUGGGGAUGAGUUCCCGAUCCCUGCCGGUCAUGCUACGGACUUGGUCGAUCCGGUGGGGAGUCUGAAUUUGGGUCAUCUGAGUUUGGAGGAUGGAGGUCGGUCGAGAUAUGUGGGAACUACGUACUGGGCUUAUAUUUCUCAUGAGAUCAACGAGCUCAAUCAACUACUUAGGGUCCAAAACCGAUCGCAUAAUGAGCGGAACUCGCAGGACACUUCUGCUGAAGAUACAACGACGGAACCUAUGGAAGCGACGCCUAGCCGUCAAUGGAAGCCAGUGCCAGAUGUGUCUGGUGAGCUUGCAACCGAUCAGGCCUCCCGGGGAGAAAGGUUCCAGAAAUCUGUGCUGUUUCCAUCAGGUGAAUCGCCUUCGGUCAAGGACAAGGUGGUUGAGCCUGAGAUGCUGGAGAGUAUGCCGACAAAGCGACAAAGUCACAUCCUGUACAAAGGAUUCAUGUCUGGAGUCCACGCAAUCACUCCAGUGAUCCACCCACCGACAAUACACAAACUCUACUACUCGUUUUGGGACUGGUAUGACUCCAGCAGCUAUUCGGGAGACCCUUGCCCAGACCCGUCAUUCAUCCCGUUGCUUUAUGCCAUCUGGUAUGGUGGAUCUGUCACGAUAUCACUACGAACCAUCAAGGCUGAAUUCAAUGUGUCGUCCCGCUCAACACUCUCCAAGGCAUACAACGAUGAAGUUACAAGAUGGUUGACCAAAAUCUCUUUCCCUCGAAGCCCGUCUCUGCAAGGCCUGGCUGCAUAUCUCCUGGUUCAGACGAUACUCGCGAAAGAAGAGGAGCCUCUAACGAGCAGUCUGUUCGUCAGUCUCGCGAUGAGGGUAGCUCAAACCAUGGGCUUACAUCGAGAUCCUGCGAAAUUCGGUAUUGAUCCCUGUGAAGCAGAAUAUCGUCGUCGCAUAUGGUGGCAUAUCGUCCACAUGGAUGGUGUGGUCGCCAUGUCCAGUGGAUUGCCUCCCUUGGUCAGUGACGAGAAUUACUGGGAUGUUCGCGACAGUAGCGAGGUGAAAGACACCUUGCUCGGUACUCCAGAGGCUGAAAAGUAUGAUCGACUAGUCAUGACCGGCUUACGGCUCCCUGACAACCCAGACGAACCAACCAUUUGUGGCGGUCCCUCGAUGGUCAACGUAUACUAUCUGGCAGCCCGGGGAAAGUAUACGAUGGCUCGUGCUGUUCGACGGAUCUUGAAGAUCCAGCUGGGUACCAGGCCCUUGACACGGCGGGAUAUGGAAGAGCUUAGGGCGAUUCUGGUUGAGUUGCAGCAGAACUUGAACUCCAUCGUCUCCCGUAUACCAGAAGCGGACUCGACCGAUGUUUCUUCGGUUCCCUCGACUAGGUCUUGGUCUACCUCCUCGCUUGCUGAAAAACGCAGCAGCGAUAUUGAGCUUCCCGGAGAAGGGCCGAACGGCUGUCCUGAGCAGUACCAUUCCCCAGUUCUUGUGUCUUUCCACAAGUGGGCCAGGAUUGUCCUCUCACUCUUCAUUGACAAGGCAUUCUGUGUCGCCUAUCAACCUUUUCUGAAGAAUGCAAAGAGCCGGAUCUGGCCAGCUGCGAGACAAAGCGCUCUCCGCCAUUGUCAUGGCUUCAUGGAGAAGUUUGUUUCUCUCGCAACCGACCCUGAUUUUCAGCCGUUCCAAUGGAGCUGGCCCGGUAAUCACCAGCCAAUGCACGCCACUAUGAUCAUGCUCAUUGAUCUCUACGAACGGCCCUAUAGUGCCGAGGCGCCCAAAUCACGGGCCUACAUUGACAAAAUCUUCUCCAUGACCGGCCCCGAUGGAGGAGUUGUUGGGGGUGAAGAUGGCAUUUCAACUCAACGACCCUUGAACGACGGGGGCCGCGAGGCAUGGGACAUGAUCCGUAGGCUGCGGCAGCAGGCCUGGCAGCGAGCUGGACUCGAUCCAAGUCGACUAUGGUCCGAACAGGCGCAGAUCCAAGCGGGCGUGGCCUCCAACGUUGAUGACCAUACAUCUGCCAUUGAAGCAGAUGCUGCCUCCCGGCGACAGCCCAGGGACUUCUCCAAGCUACUUCACAACACGACUCGAUCUCACCUCCGCCCCAGCUCAUCACUCCGCUAUCAACUCCCUUCUCCCACCCAGCAGCAUCACCAGCAUCAGCAGCAACAACGACAAGAACAGCGAAGAUCCCCUUCGCAAUCAGCCAGCCCCCAAAUGAUGUCUCCCGACCCCCACCACCGCCCCUCCUCCGCAUCCCCCUCCUCCCCAAUCGCCCAACAACAACAACCAAGCAGCGAACCGUCCCCCUCGUCACCCCUGCCCCAACCCGGAGGUGGUCCCUCGACCACCACGACCACCUCCUCCGAGAACCCGAGCACGAACAUGCACAUGUCCUCCCUACUACCGCCAGGCCUGAACCCAGGCUUCACCUUCAACCAACAAUCCCUGCCUUCGGCACCACCUCCUGCGCUGCCCGCCUUCCUCGUCGACGUCGCCGCCUCCGCCGCCGCCUCGCCCGCCACGCAGGCCAUGACCGGGGUCCCCACCCCGCCCUCCAUGGUGGAUCCGAACUUAAACUUCGACUGGGACCAGUGGGACGCCGUCUUCGGGCAGCACCUGCCCGUCGCCGACGAGCUCAUGGAGCUCGACCCGGUCACCGGGUUCGAGUUUGGGGAUUUGGGUAUGGAGGGUAGUCCAGGUGCUGGGGCUGGGGCUGGGGCCGGGGCCGGGGCUGGCGGAGAGAUGUCCUCGCAUCGGUCUACUUGGGCGGGGUAUUGA